GGUAAAACAGUCUCCAAGGCACUGUUUAACACGCAAGGCAGAGGUUGCUAUUUCUGUUAGAGGGUGUGUGUUGCCGAGGCUGCAAACUGAGCACGGCGCUGGGGAGCACUGGGAAAGAAGCGCCAGGUUGGGCAGAAAAGCUGCAGGCAGAGCGGGCAGGGGGAGCGCGGAAGGCCGGGGAACCUCAGCACAAGGAGCGACAGCGGGAUACAAGUCCGCGGGCACAGGCGUGCAGCCGGCUCGCGGAGACGGGUAGCAGAACCUGCCAGAGCCAUGCGGAGCAGCGCCGCCGCGGCAGGAGGCGGUGCCCCGGAACGGGCCUCCCCGCAGCUGCCGCCUUCCGCGGGAGCGGAGCGGGGCGGCCCAAUGAGGGGCGGGGCGGCCGGGCUCGCCAUGGUGCUGGUGGUGGUGAUGGGCGUGAGCGGCGCGGGGAAGACCACGGUUGGGUCGCGGCUGGCAGCGAAGCUGGGGUGGAAAUUCUAUGAUGCAGACGAUUAUCAUUCUCCAGAGAAUAAAAAGAAGAUGGCAGAAGGGAUACCACUAAAUGAUGAGGACAGGAUUCCGUGGCUUUGGGCAUUGCAUGAUAUACUAAGGAGAGAACACUCCUCUAGACAAGAUGCAGUUCUGGCCUGUUCUGCACUGAAGAAGAUGUAUAGGCAUGUAUUGGUUAGUGGAGCAUCUGCAAUUGAAAGCAACCACCCAGAGCAACCAAAAGAAAACCCAGCACUGCAGAUCCUCUUUGUUCAUUUGGACGGGCCUGCAGACGUCAUUGCUGGCCGCCUGGAGAAAAGGAGAGGACAUUUUAUGCCACCUGAACUUCUCAAGUCUCAGUUUGAUACUUUGGAGCCUCCUUGCACACCAGAAAACUUUAUCACUGUCAGCCUAGAAAAAUCUCUCCCUGAAAUGGUGCUGGAGAUUGAGCAUGCCAUUUUUUCAGGGUGAGGCUUUUCUGAAGUAGUUUUCUAAAUUACAUGUACAGAAAUUCCGUUAAGGGUAUGAAACAGAAUUUUAAUUAUUAAAUUGAUUAUUAAAUCAAAACAACUAAUUUUUCCUGAUACUUGAGUGGAUUGCAGCAUUAAGAAUUGAUUUACUACUGUUUAUCACAGCUCCAAAAAAGACAUGUAAGAUGAAAUUUUAAAAAACUCAACUGUAAACCCUUCACUGUGUGAAGUUAAAACUCCCAUUUGAGGAAGAGCCUACUUUCAAAAGUCCUGCCAAGGGUCACACACAAUAAUUUAUUUUCAUUUUAAUUUUUACUCUGUCAAACAGGGAGAUGGGCACAUCUGCUAGUAAGUGAGGAAAUAAUUCACAGUUUUGUUAGAAAUAACGUAUUAAUUUUUCUACAAGUCUAAGAGGCAGGAACAUGCAUGAUGAAGUUCCGUGCCUGACACUACCUUUGUCUCACUGCCAGAUUUUUGACAAACAGUAGCUUCUGUGUUUGUGUCCUUGCUAACCUCACCUGGGCACCAGUGACUUCAUGAGAGCUUUUGAGAACUCUUACUGUAUGCAUUGAACACCAAGCUGAAAAAACAUGUGGAAAAGGCAAAAGGUGGUGGUGAGGCGAUACACAAAAUAUAAUUGUAUGGGAAGCUUUAGAAAUAAAAGAGUAAGGGGCAUCAUACUGGGUCUGAACUUGCAUGUUUCAUGUACAAAGCAUACCCAUUGAUGAAGCGCAGUGAAGAGAGUCAGCCAGUGAUCUAAGAUACUGAAUACAAGACUGAUAGACAUUUCCUUCUUUUAGAACAGCUAACUUAGUCCAGCACAGUUGGACCUUCUCCUUCACUUCCCUUUUCUGGUAUGCUUUAAUUUUCCACCUCAGCCCAUGUUCAGUCCAAUGUAUACUUACGGACAGAUGUUCAUACAACUGCUUUAAAGCUAAGAUUAAACUGUUUCUAAUAGACACUGUUCUCACCUUUUUUGCGAUCAGAAAAUUCCAAAUAUCCAGUCAGAUACAUAACUCACAAAAUAUAGGAUUAAAAUCCUUUUUUAUUGCCAAUGUAUUUUUAACAAGUUUUUUAUGACGUGUUACACAGCAGGCGUCUUUUUAGCUUAACUUAAUGAAAGCUGCAGAGGAUUUCUGUAAGAAAGAUUCGAGCCACAUCUGGAGUCACCCUUAUGUGCUGCUGCAGAUGGAUUGUUUUUAGUGUGUCAUACAAUUUAUUCGUUAUUUCUAGGAUGAUGGAUGAACUCCUUUGAAAGCAAAGCUCAUGUUUCAGAGCAUCUUUGGUGUAAUUUUUACCUGAAUAACUGGUUGAAAAAUGCCUUGGUUCUCAUUAUGUAUGAGUAGUAAGGCCUUUGUGGUUUACUAGACAAACUACAGUCCCUACAUCAGUGCAAUAAACAGGAAUUAUCUGAUUGAAAACGGGCAUUCUUAGAUAUAGAUUUGGGGGACACAGACAUUAACACACACAUGCACGCACGCACGCACAUACAAGUGGUCUUUUCCUGGUUGGUUGUGACCUGGAGAGGGAAUACCAGGCAGUCACCAGUUUCAGUCCCCUGCCAUACAUAGAGUAGCGUAUUAGACAAAACACUUGUUCUCAAUUCCGAGCCUGUUCAUUCUGAGAGCCAAGAUGCAAACUAAAGACUCAGAGGCAAAGCUAAGUGCAAGAGACAGGCAUGUCUGGCUGAUUCUUAACACCCUCCAAUUUCGGAGGCUAAGUACGUCUUCUGACCAAGUGACUCGUCCGAGCUGUGACAGUGUGAUAGCUGUGAAAAUCAAAGUAAUGGCACCCUCUUGUGGUACCUCUGCUUUUAGUGAAGUCUUCUUAUUUUCCCAAUACACAAUUUUACAAACAAGGAGCUUUUCUAAUUUGACCAUUAUUAAAUACAGAUUUUUCAGACACCUUUUUCAGACACAGUAAAACUAGAUCAGGACACUGUACAGUGAUAGGAAAGCAGCUUUAUCCUGUCACAGACAGAUACUGCCAAGCCUUCAAAUAAGUUUAUUUUUUCUUUAAAAAGGGACGCAUUUUCAAGUGUGAGUUCCAGGAAGGCUAGACUGUGAUUUUCAGAUCUGCUGGGCAGCAUUUAUAGCACACUUACAAAGUGGCUGGCACCAACAGAAGGUUGUACUCAACACGUGAAAAACAUUCUCUCUUAGGAAAGUCUAUGUAAGCACCUUGGAUUUUGGAAGUCUUUUCUAAACAAAAUAAUAUGUUCUUUCUUACAGCAAUUCAUGGUGCUUCAAAUUAAGUUGGGAUAUUGGUCACUCUUUGCUCCCAUGACAGGAAUACUUCUUUCCCUUAACCUUUUAAUAUAUUUGCUUUUUGCUUUUACUUAAAGCAAAACGAAGUAUUUCCACAGUUCAAAUGAUGCUGAAAGGACAACAAAGCAACCAUUUAAAUUAACAUGCCAUUAAUCUUGCAAAUGAUAGGUGUAGUUUUCACUACUGCAGUGUAGUACUUUAGUUUGUUAUGUCCUAAUUAGGUGGUGCUUGAAGGCUGUAAUUCCCACCUACAUCCUUCCUUUGAAAGAAGACAUCUUUGUACCUUCACUAUUCUAGCCUCCACAUUAACUAGAAAUUAUCAAAACCUAAAGCGAGUCAUAUUCUGCAGACCUAGUGUUCAUGAGAACCUCCUGUUUCCAGCAAUGGGCAGCUGGCAGCACAUAGAUGAACACAGUAAGAUGUUAAACAUCCACCAGUUCUUCUCAGUUUGCUGAUCUGAAGAUAAUGCCAAGCAUCUGCAUUUCUCUGUCAGAGUCUUAGAAGAAAAGCAAGUUUGCCUCCACCUUGCUCCAUCUCAGAGGGGGACAGAUAGAGCCAAAAAAAUCACAGAACUGCCCCUCUCAAUAAACAAGUAAAAACCAAUAAGCCAUUACUUUCACUGGAAAGUGGAGGUGAAAUCUCAGGAACACAACUUCCUACAGAUGCUUUCCCUCUAAACUCUUCCUGGAUUUUAUUUAGAAAAAGCAGCUUGCAAGGCUCCUGGGAAACUUUUCAUUAGCUGCACCUGAUGUCCUAUUUAUUUUCACCAACACAGAACCAGGCUCGUGUAAUUAGCUGGACAGACUGUUUCAAUUUACUAUUUCUUAAACAUUUGCCGCAGUGCCACAUAUCUGAACUUUACAUGCCAAAUCCACAGGGGCUUGCAGGAGUUACUGGCUUUUUCCCGUUACAGGGAAAGCCUGCUUGGCUUCUACUGGCCUGUUCACAUGCAGCUGCAGGAAUGCACGAAUUGCUUAAAAAAGAAUGUGAAAUUGCAUUUCACAGAGCUGUCUGUGGACCCCAGCUCUACAGUUUGAGACAGUUUCAGGUACUGCAUAGAGGGUUGUUUGUCAACUAAACCAGUUAAGUAGCCUGUUACCUGCUAUUCUGAACAACAAUAAAGCAUUACUUCUGUUUA